UUCCCUGCCUUUGCAGCAGUCGGUCAGAGUUAGGGAACGCCCUCUCCACCCAGAGAGAGGGUGCUCCUAGGAUACUGGGUGAUGGCGGUGAUCUCCUUUACGGCCUUGCUGGAAGGGAUUUCAGGAGCUCAAAGGACUGGCCUGGUUUCUCAUGGAGGACACAUUUCCCAGCCCUGCCCAUGACACCUACCAUCAUACAGCCUUGGGAGAGGGCAAUGCUGUAAGCUCCUGGCUCCUGGGAGGCCUCUCAGUGCUGACGGAUGGAAACCACUGAUAGCUGCAACCUGGAACCACUUUUCCUUUCCUCUUGAGCUGAUUACUGCAGUGAGCUCUGCCCGGCCCAGCUGGUCCUGCCACUCGUCUGUAAUGCAGCACAUGCCUUUCUCUGCCCUUCCCAGGACAGCUCAGGGCAGCAUUUGGGCUAUACAUUAACCAAGGUUCAAGGGUGGUUGAGGUGCUGACCCUCUGUCUGUGGAAGCAUGUCGGGCCCCGUGCCAAGUCGAGCCAGGGUCUAUGCGGAUGUGAACACUCAGAGACCCCGCGAGUACUGGGACUACGAGUCACACGUCGUGGAAUGGGGCAACCAAGACGACUACCAGCUUGUGCGGAAACUUGGCCGCGGCAAAUACAGUGAAGUCUUUGAAGCCAUCAACAUCACCAACAAUGAGAAAGUCGUGGUGAAAAUCCUUAAGCCAGUGAAGAAGAAGAAGAUCAAGCGCGAGAUUAAGAUCCUGGAGAAUCUCCGCGGUGGCCCCAAUAUCAUCAGCCUGCUCGACAUAGUGAAGGACCCCGUGUCUCGCACGCCUGCCCUCGUCUUCGAACACGUCAACAACACAGACUUCAAGCAACUGUACCAGACGCUGUCUGACUUCGACAUUCGGUUCUACAUGUACGAAAUCCUGAAGGCCCUGGAUUACUGUCACAGCAUGGGGGUCAUGCAUCGAGACGUCAAGCCGCACAACGUCAUGAUCGACCACGAGCACAGAAAGCUGCGCCUGAUAGACUGGGGGCUGGCGGAGUUCUACCACCCGGGCCAGGAGUACAAUGUCCGGGUGGCCUCCCGCUACUUCCAGGGACCAGAGCUCUUGGUUGACCACCAGACCCGGCUCACUGCCCGGGAGGCCAUGGAGCACCCGUACUUCUGUGCGUAGACAAAGCACCAGCGACCUCUGCCCACAGCUCUGCCGGCUGCCCUUGCUGUGCCCAGCCAUGGCCAGGCCCCGCCCCGCCCUCCUCACGCGUACCCGGUCAGCAGG